GGAUUAUAUAAGUUCUGAUUCAUGAUUGGAGAUGUCAGAACACAUGAUACGCGUUUGUUUCAACUCCACUGUAUCAAAAACAGAGGAACCCAAUUCUCUUUUGCUUUCACCUCAUUUCUCUACCUUAACUUGGCUCUCAGAAACAAACAUAUUCCAACACCACCAUGGUAAGAGCUCCCUAUUUUGAUAAAAAUGGAACAAAGAAAGGAGCAUGGUGUGAAGAAGAGGACAAGAAGCUUAUUGCCUAUGUUCAGAAUCAUGGCCACCCCAAUUGGCGUCAACUUCCAAAGUUUGCAGGGUUGCAAAGAUGUGGAAAAAGUUGCAGACUUCGAUGGAUGAAUUACCUCAGGCCAAAUCUAAAACGAGGGAACUACACCCCCAAGGAAGAGCAAAUCAUCACUGAUUUGCAUAAAAAGCAUGGAAAUAAAUGGUCUCUGAUUGCUGAAAGUUUACCCGGAAGAACAGACAAUGAGAUAAAGAACUAUUGGCACAGCCACCUAAAGAAGUUCCAAAACAGCAACAAUAACAGCUCUUGUGAUGAAGAUUUGAAGUCCAACGGAUGCAAAGAGUUUGAAAUGGAAAUGAACGAGGGUCAUAGUGUUGAAUCUCACCACAUUUUGGAAAGUUCAGUGUCAAUUACCUCAGAAACUUCCUACACCGACCACAAUUCCCCUUGUCUUUCAUUUUGUUCAAGUCACACAGAAUCAACCAUGAACUUGUGCAAGGAAGAAGAAAGUGUUGCUUCAUGGGAAACAUUGGAUUUAGGGUUUAGUAGCAAUUUCUGGACCGAACCCUUUAUUUCAGAAAACGCACUUGAUGAAGACUAUUUUCACAUUUCCUCUUAUGGGACAGAACCAUUUUACUUAUGGUAGUUGUGAGUCUAGAAUAUGCUUGAAAUUAUUGAAGUGGUCUUGCACAUUUGCUCGUAUGUUCUUGAUUUUGGAGGAAAUUUUGGAAAUAAGAGUUGACUCUUGUUUUCCUAAUUUCCUUAAGGGGAAAAAAGAAAAGAGAUUUGUGUGUCA